UCCUCCUGUGUGCCGUGUGCAGGGAGGACUCCGUAUAAAUACCAGCCCUCUCUCCCCAGCAGGCAGGGACCAGCAGCUGUGCUCCCCCGGCACUCAGCACCAUGAAGCUUUUCACGGGCCUCAUGAUCUGCUCCUUGGUCCUGGGUAUCAGCGGCCAAUGGUAUUCAUUCUUUCGUGAGGCUGCUCAAGGUAAACUGGGGCCUUGGGACAUGUUGAGAGCCUACUCUGACAUGAGAGAAGCCAAUUACAAAAAUUCAGACAAAUACUUCCACGCCCGGGGGAACUAUGACGCUGCACAAAGGGGCCCUGGGGGUGCCUGGGCUGCUAAAGUCAUCAGCGACGCCAGAGAGAAUUCUCAGAGAGUCACAGACUUUUUCAAGCAUGGAGACAGCGGCCACGGAGUGGAGGACUCGAAAGCUGACCAGGCAGCCAAUGAAUGGGGCCGCAGUGGCAACGACCCCAACCACUUCCGACCCCCUGGCCUGCCUGACAAGUACUGAGCUUCCCCUUGGCUCUGCCCUGCAGAGAUGGGCUGUGAGCCCCUUGAGGCCAGGGACACCCAGUCAUUCAGUUCUCUAUCCCCGAAGGCUGGUGGAGAGCACCUAAUAGGUGUCUAAUAAAUGCUUAAAGAGAUUGA